AUGGAUUUUGUUAACUACUACAAAAUAUUGCAGCUGCCUCACACAGCAAAUCAAGAUGAGAUCAAGACGGCUUAUCGACAACUGGCCAAGACGAUGCAUCCAGAUAAGAACCCCGAUGAUUGCCAAGCCACUUUAAACUUCCAAAACCUCAAUGAUGCAUACUCUACACUAUCAGACCUAAGAAAACGACGAGUCUAUGACAUAGCGUACGAACGGCACACAAGACCAUAUCCCCCUCCGUAUUCCACUGAAGUGAGAACAAGAACGAGCAAAUUCAAGAAUGAGAAAACGACACCCUUUCCCAAUCCACACUGGGUUGAUAGACGUCAAGUAGAGCAGUUCAUUCGGCAGUUCAAGUCUUGCGUAUCAAAAGCCGUGCAACAAGUGAGCAUCCAAAAGAGAAGGAUAGAACAGAAACAAGAAGCUGUACGAGCUCUCGAAGACGAGAUCCUCACAGCGAGGUUCGAAAUGAUAGAGAUAUAUGAGUGCGGGGCUGGGCCGUCAAAUUUGGAACGCACCAAAGAAUACCCUCAGAUCCAAGCGCAAGAGAGAAUUAAGGCUGAACUGGAAGCCGAUCUCAAGGAGGAGGAAGAAAAGCUCGCAAGUCUCGAAAGGCAAGUUCUGGAGUUUAACCUUCGACUCUCAUAUUGGGAAAAUAAGUGGAACGUUUUCUACGGUGAAUCUUAUUCUUAG